AGAAGUUAAAUUAGCUAACAAAACAAAAACAUGCCCAGUCUAUUGCCACAAGUGGGGUCUGGGGAGGGUUGGGUGUACGCAGACCUUACCCUACCUUUAUGAGUAGAGAGGUUGUUUCCGAUAGACCAUCGGCUCAAGAAAAUCAUUUUUCAGAAAAUGGUUUCAAAGAAAUGCCAGAGUAAAAGCCAUGAUGUAAAUAUUGAAGAAAGAAAAGUACUUAAAUUACAAAUAUUAAAGGUAACCAAAGUAAAAAGAAGCAAUAAUAGUGUAAUAAAAUUGAAACAUAAGACAAUGCUAGCAUAAUAGUAAUAGUAUUGGUAAGGGAACAAAUAGAUGUUCCAGACUAGUACCCUGCUCUACCACUGUCAAGAGAAAAAACACUCUACUAUCUACUAACCGUCUACCCUAAUCCUCGACCUCCAUGCUCUCCUUUCUAGGGUCAUGUAGAUUCUGGUAUAUAUCCAACAUAAUGUAGAGUGAUUACCAGCCUUCCUAUUUUUCUUAAUCAUGGACAGGUAACAUUAUCUGGAUUGCUAAAUUUCAUUGACGGGCUGUGGUCAAGUUGUGGAGACUAGAGGAUAAUUGUCCUCACCACCAACUACAAAGAAAGAUUAGGCCCUGCAUUGUUAAGACCAGGAAGGAUGGACAUGCAAAUCCACAUGUCCUACUGCACUCCUAGUGGAUUCAGGAUCCUUGUCUACAACUACCUAGGCCUCAAGAAUCAUCACAAAUUCGGCGAAGUCGAUGAGCUUAUAAUAGAGGUGAAUGUGACACCAGCUGAGAUAGCAGAAGAACUUAUGAAGAGUGAUGAAGCUGAUAUUGCCCUUGAAGGACUCAUUAAGUUCCUCCACAAGAAGAAAUUGGACUGUGAGGAGACAAAUGUAGGAAAGGAUGAGGUUAAUGAGAAAGGAAAUGAAAUGGAGAAAGUGAAAGAAGAAGUAGAGAUGAGAGUGAUGAGGAAAUGCGGGGGGAAGACAAGGAAGAGAGGAAAAAGCAGGAGUCAAAAGUUUUCUGAUAUUGUUCUUGAUAUGUGAGUAUCCAAUAAUAUGUAUGGUCACAUUAGCAAUCUAAAGUAGAUGAUCUGUUUUUGGCAUUUUGUUAGUCGUUUGCAAUUUCCCAUUUGUGGGACACUGGGUAUGUUGUUAUCUUUUGUAUGUUGUGCAAAAAUAAAGUUAU